CCGUGUAGGAGUGGACUUUCAACAGGCACAACAUCAGCUUCUCCAGUCGGGAAGCACGCUGAUAGGAACAUUACCACAGUGUGUGAGACACUUGACAACAGUUCAGUGCUGCCGGGUGACGUCACGGUAACCUAUAGGAGCUGCGAAUCACAACAGACACGCUCCCAACCAAAGAAAAACGAACUGCAUAAGGAAGCCAUGCAUACAAGGAAUAUUAUUCAAGGACCUUCUGAAUUCCUGCCAGUGCCACAGUGUUCUCUUGGCCAACAUCUUUAUGAACGGUUACAGCUCCAUGGUGGUAAUGUUGCUCAGGUGAAUGCUGUGACUGGAGAAACUAGAACUUUUUCAGAGAUUUUGAAAAGAAGCUUGAGCCUGGCAGACAGUCUACGAACAAUAGGCAUUAAGUCUGGAGAUGCACUUACCAUAUUAAGUGAAAACUCUCUUGAUUUUUGCUUGCCAGUUCUGGCAGCUCUAUACAUGGGAGUUGCAUGUGCUCCCCUAAAUCCCACAUAUACUGAAAGAGAAAUGAUGCAUGCACUGAAUAUAUCAAAACCAAAAGUUGUAUUCUGCUCAGAAGCAACAGUUCAGGCACUGGAAAAUGUUGCAAAAGAACUAAGUUUUAUAAAGCACAUAGUAGUUUUUGGAAAUAUUGUCUGUCACAGAUACAUUCCAUUCUCCACUCUUGUCAGAGACACAUCUCUGUGUUUUAAGCCUGUUAAGGUAAAUCCGAGAGAACAAGUGGCUUGUAUACUUUGCUCAAGUGGAACCACUGGACUACCUAAGGGAGUUAUGCUUACUCAUUCCAACAUCUUGUAUUCAGUCAAUCAUUUAAGAGAUCCAAGAUAUGGUAAUUUGACGUCAGAAAUUACACACCUUGGAUUGUUGCCAUUUUUCCAUGCAUAUGCCUUCAUCUAUCAGAUAGGAAAUUUUUGUGCUGGUUCAAAAUGUGUAGUGAUGCCAAAAUUUGAUGAGGUACUUUUUCUGAAGGCGAUACAGGACCACAAGGUGACAAGACUUACACUCGUACCCCCAUUGCUUGUGUUCCUUGCUAAACAUCCAAUGGUUAGCCAAUAUGAUCUGUCCUCUUUGACUGACAUAAAAUGUGGAGCUGCUCCUAUAAGCAGAGAAAUCCAGGAACAAGUGACAAAACGACUUGGAAUAAAUAAUAUCAGGCAGGGCUAUGGCAUGACAGAGACAACUCUGGCUUCACUGAUGACACCAAGUGGAGAAAAUAAAUAUGGAUCAUCUGGCAUAGUUGUACCUUCAACUGAAGUGAAGGUUAUUGAUGUGGAAACUGGAGUUGCUCUUGGACCAUACCAGAAAGGAGAGCUUUGUUUCAAGGGUCCAAUAAUUAUGAAAGGGUACUGUGGUGAUAAUGCUGCCACAGGAGAAACAAUUGAUGGUGAAGGUUGGCUUCAUACUGGUGACAUAGGUUAUUUUGACAGUGAUAAUUAUUUUUUCAUUGUUGACAGAGUUAAGGAGCUAAUAAAGUACAAAGGCUUUCAGGUACCACCAGCAGAGCUGGAGGCUGUACUACUAUCACAUCCAAAAAUAAAAGAUGCUGCAGUUACAUCAGUACCAGAUGUAGAGGCCGGUGAACUUCCUUUGGCAUAUGUUGUCAAACAGCAGGGUGUAUCAUUAACAGAAGAGGAGGUUAUAUCAUUUGUAGCUGGUUUGGUUUCACCUCAGAAACGUUUACGUGGUGGUGUAAGAUUUGUUAACGCUAUCCCAAAAACUGCAAGUGGAAAAAUUUUGAGACGUCUUUUAAAGGACAUAACAAUUUCUAAACUAUGAUUCAUUAUAUGCCAUGAUCAUACCAAUUUUUCAUGGGAUGCUCAAGCUGUCAAAGGUUGGCACCACCCAACAUAGUUCAUCAUUGUCAGGGUCAAUGACAUUUAGCUAGGAAAUCAUUAAUACUUUGAUUAACCAGAGUAAUCAACAGUGUAUUUACCAGUCAUAAAUACUUAUCAUAUGCACUUGUGAAAAAAGGAUAUAUAAUCUUACUUUAAAGACAACUAGUUUACCUUUUUGCUCCAGUUUGAAAUAUUCACAAUAAACAGUUAUUUUAUAUAUUUUAUUUUCAGUUCUUUAUCACACAUGUUAAAAUGAAGCAUUUUUCAAAACAA